UUGGACUUGUUUAAUGCUUUUUUCGCGGAGAAACCCGUGGCGGCUAUGUGGAGGGGCAGGGAUUGCAGACGUAAAGGAAGCUGAGGGGGAAUCUGUCAGUGGACAACAUUCCGUCAGCAGUGAGUGAGGCACGUAAUGUGGUGGUAUUCCGAUUUUAGGUGAAAGAAUCCAAACAAAUAUGGAUAAAUUAAGGUUAUACAUGGUAACGUGGAAUGUGGCCACCCGACAACCAGAAGAAGAUGUGGAAGAGAUGUUGGGAAUCAAUAAAAUGACUGAUGACUUGUUGCCAGAUUUGUAUGCUAUAGGUCUUCAAGAAGUUAAGUCGCAGCCUCAGAACAUUCUGAUGGAUGCCAUAUUUGAUGAUCCCUGGACAAAUGUUUUCAAAGAUGUAUUAACAAAACGUAACUACAUAAAGGUGAAGACCAUAAGACUCCAAGGGAUUCUUCUAAGUUUGUUUUGCCUUAGAAAACAUUUGCUGCACGUGAGAGAUAUGGAGACACAGUACACAAAAACUGGUUUAGGAGGUAUCUGGGGCAACAAAGGAGCUGUUAGCAUCAGAUUAAAUAUAUAUGGCUGUUCCUUGUGUAUAGUGAACUGUCAUUUAACUCCGCAUGACCCCUACCUACAAGAAAGGGUUGCUGACUAUAACACAAUAAUUAGGAAACAGGUCUUCAAAAAGAGAGAGACAAGUCACAUACUUUAUCAUGAUUAUGUAUUUUGGAUCGGUGACUUGAAUUUUCGCUUAGAAGAAAAUCCAGCUUUGACAGCAGAGAAAAUUGACUCACUUGUGAGGAAAGGUGAUCUCAAAACCCUUUUACAGAAAGAUCAACUCCUUCAAGUAAUGAACAGUGGGGAUGCUUUCAGUGAGUUGACAGAAGCAUUGCCAACAUUCCCUCCCACAUACAAAUUCCAGUUUUACUCUUCAGACUAUGAUUUGAAGAGACGGCCAUCUUGGACAGACAGAAUUUUGUAUAAUGUGAAUGAAAAUGCUUAUGAAAACAUGACACUUGAAGUGGAACAGCUCUCAUACAACAGCUUUCCACAAUAUACUCAGAGUGAUCACAAGCCUGUUAUGGCAGAUUUUGUAGUAAAGGUCUUCAGUGAUCAUGAAGAUAGCUUUGUGACAUUUGAAGAAAUUGGUGUCUGGUGUACGUCACGUGAUAAUUCUGCUACAUACUUAGUUCCUUCUGGUGUAGAACCAGCAUUUUGGGACUGGAUUGGAGUGUAUAAGGAUGGUUUUACAAGCCUCGAUGACUACAUCUGUUACUCAUAUGCUCCUAGAAUGACUGUAGCUGUGAGAUCUGAUGAUGGUUCCCAGGUGAAGAAAAUAACAUUCCCAGUCUGCACUCUAAGGACAACAGGUCUUCAUCGUCUUGUAUAUUUUGGAAGUAAUUCAGGAAGUAUUCUAGGAAUGAGCCAAGUGUUUGAAAUCAAGAGUACUGAUUCAAGCCACUUGCAUAAUGGAUUUGAUAAUGAUGAGACCUGAGUGUGUUGUUUGUAGUAUAAAAUGCGUUAUUUAUUUGUCUGUCAGCUUCGAACUUAAGUUUUGACAGUACAUGCAAUGGCUGGAGUCAUUGCUGGUCGUUCGUAUUGAAUGUACAGUGUGAGAGAGCUUUAAAUAGUUACUCUCUUUGUGAUGCAAUAUUUUUGUGUAAAAAAAAAAAAUAAAAAUAAAAAAGGCUAUUUCAUCUGUUGAAGCACAUUGGAGGCUGAUACAGAAUGCUGUUUUAUACUUCAGCUUAAAUGAAGCUUCUCAUAAUGAUAGUUGCAUUAACACAGUGGGCUUGUGUUUGUAGUGUUUAAAACUCACUUGAAUUGGAUAGUACCUGUUUUGGCAUAUUAGCCAUGGCUCCUAGUAACUGUUAAUGCAGUGUUGUUGCUUUCUAAAUCUUACAAUACACUGUUAGGUUUCAAAUUAUUGCUCAUUGUUCUAAGAUCCAAAAGAUAAACUUUAGAUAUGUACUUACAGUAUGUAAAAUAAUUAGUUAUUUUCAUGCAUGUUUGGCUGUUUCUGCUGGCCAUCUUAAUAUAAUUAACCUAAAUAAGAAAUUUAAAUGUCUUGAGACAUUGGCAGUCCAUAAUCGUUCCUAUAGUAAGCUAACACGUUUUGCCAGUACUUUACGUAUUUUUUUUGGAACAGUACAUAUCACUAUUUUAACCUUUUUGUGACAGUAUUUUGUGCAGAGCCUCUAGAAGAAAGUGUUUGUGGUGGAAAAUUAAUUGUAUAUGAAACAGACGUGGUGCAUUUACUUCAUAUUUUGUAUACUCUAAUUCUUAAAACAAAGUAUAAGUGUUCACAUGUACUUUCAGUAUUUUGAUAUCACACUACCUGAAUUUGCUGUUAGUCAGUCCUAUGCAUUCAACAUACGUUUUCAUGUAAUCACAAUAGAUAAUAUCUUGUUGAUUUAAGAAAUUAUAUGGUACAGUACCUGAUUUCUUUAACUGAAAGAAAGAUUUUAUUUUUGGUUGUAAAUUAUGUCAUUGCUUUUUGCAAGGAUCACAAAUGUAAGCAUAAUUCAUUACUUUGCCACUGUUCAUUGCAGGUCCAUUUGUCUCCCUAAGUUUCAAAACUGUAGGGGUAGUCCUUGCACACAAAUUAAUUCUUAAUUCAAAUUUUGUGAUACUAUAAACUCUCUGUGUGUUGGAUUAUACUUCUGAUUAUCAUUAAAAGUCCAAAAAAGUUGUGUUCAGUCUGUUUUCUUUUUUAUAGUGAAAAAAUUUAUAGUUUGCAAUUUUUGUCAUGUCAUAAGCCUGUAGUUUAUUUAUGUUUUUAUUUUUUCCAUCUCUUUGGAAAGUGCAGUAAUAUGUUACAGUAUAAAUAUAGAGUUAUUCUUAUGGAAAUUAUCAGUGUAAAGAAAGACAGAGAAGAAUAUGUCAUGGAGGAUUUGCCAGUCUUUCAUAAGUAGCUUUAACAGAGCUCCAAAGAGAUAUUUUUUAAAGAAAUAUGUUGUUGGUUUUUCUUUUACUUUGUAACUUUGGUGAUAUUUGUCACUUUUUCCUGUACGAAUUGCAUUUAAUUAUAUGUCUUUAAAGUGAUUAAGCAUGUAUGCAAAUGUUUCAUGUGGAAUCUGCUUAAAGUUCCUUUACAGCAAUGACAAGUACAGUUCUUUAGAGCGAUUUACUUACCAGGUUUACUAUAAAUUUUAAUCUGAGAUUAUAUAUAUUUGUCGGAAACAGUUGCCACCAUUGAAUCAGAAUAGAUAUUAAACAUAAGAAUGUGACAUUAGUUACCAGUACAUCUUUCCCAUUCCCUGUAGAUUUCUUGUUUGCUUUUGAUUUUUUUAAUUGAUAGAUUUGCAGCCGAUAACUAGACACUAACAGAUGUGCUUCCUCCUGUUCAAGGAGACCUGUAAGCAUAAUGGAUAUUCCAGUAUUGAAACAUUAAACUAAGUAUGAGGAUAAUAGGCAUUUACCUGCAGUUAAAUGAUGGUGGCACAUAUGCUUAUGUGAAAGGACAGAAAAUCAUACCAGCUUUAAAGUCUGAGCUCUCUUCUUUGUAUUAGGUAAAGAUAAUACAAUUUUCAGAGUCUUCAAGUGUGCCUAUGCCUUCACAUAUUUGCUGGUGAGUGUUACCUAUCUUAUUUUUAAUCUUUUUUUAUCCUCAUUUUUUAUUUUUUGGCUCAGUUAAUAAAAUUGGUUUAGUAGCAUUUUACGGCACAAAUAUUGACUUGUUCAAUAACAGUUGCAGUUAAUUAUCAGAAAGAGUAAGGUAGUGUUAAUAAGUAUAUGUUGGUAUCAUUAAGGUCAAGAUGUGAGUUUUAGGCAUUUUGUGAUUGUGUUUUGCUGUGUGUGUAAAGUUAUUUCAUAAUUUGUUAUAUGUAAUACAUGAGUAUUCUGAAAAAGAAAAUUAUAUGAAUCCUGAAAGAUUGAGCUUAAUUUUUGGAAACUAUUGUGCUUACAGGUCGUAAAUUACAUUUUGGAAUAACCCAGAACCGACUAAUGGCUGUACUUUUCUCAUAACUAUGGGUUUUUAUUCUUUCAGUUUAAUUAAGUAUAAAGUCUGAGAGGAAUAAUAUAAAGAAGGCAACCUCUGUUUUUUAAAACUGUUUUGUUGAAUCUGAUAGAGAUGCUUCUGCAUUACUAAUGCUUAAUAUCAUUUCAACUGCUUGUGACAACCUUGUUCAUUUUCUAGUUAGACACUUUAAGCUCUUUUAGCCUCUUUUUUAAUUGUGUUAAAUGGACAACACUAAUUAUAUUAUAUUUAAUUGUGCAAUUGUUGUUCAUUGUGAUAAGAUCUCAUUAAGUUGCUUUUUGUGUUCUGCAUAAUCUUUCUAAUAUGCUAUAAUCAUUUUCUUAAUGGAAUAUGCUUGUCUUUGUUGGUAAAGAAGUUCCAGUUGGUAAGCAUUGCAGGUCAAUGUUAUAGGAAAUGUUUUGUAAUGUACAAAUCGUUUUAACGACUGUAAAACUGUUACUUCUUAGUGGCUUCCAUUAAAGAUCGCUGCUCUUUGUUUGUUCGAUAGACUUCAUUAGCUAUGAGUUAUGUAGGUGUCUGUACUGUUAUUUCAAAAAAAAAAAAAAAAACAAAUAACUUUGUUUAGCUUUCUCACAACAUUUUGUUUAAAUUUUGUAAAUAGAAAUAGGUUUUCAUACAUUUCAUAUGUGAAUGGAAAAUUAUGGAUGCAUAUCAAAAUGCUAGGAGCAAAAGCAAUAAAUCACAACAUAAAAAAUUGAUCCCUAUAGUGGACAUGACCAUUAACAAAGUAGUUGGUUGAUAUAGCUCAUCUGUUUAAGUUAGGUUUACAAGAACCCAAACUCUCCUCUCCCCCAAACACACACACACACACACACACACACACACACACGGCCAAUUUUCUCAUCCUUGUUUCAAUCUGUAUGAUAUGAUCUGUUUUUAUGUUUAUAUAUACCUUUGCACUUCCUUUCAUUGGCUCAUUAAUUCCAUUACUUUUCUUUUUGAGUUCUGUUAUCUCAUCCUCCUAUCUUUUGUAUCCAUCUCACUCUUGUGAUUAUUCACUUCACCAUGUCAUGUAACUACAUUUAAUUUCUUUCCUGCAAUAAAAUUACAGAUAACAUUCUCACUGCUUCUCAUUUAUGUGUAAUCUUCAGAUGAUUGCUUUGCUGGCCAGGACUAUUUGUAUAUAUUGUUGUGUGUGGUUUCCUUGGUAUUGUUUUGUCCCACCACUGUUUUAAAUUGUUAUUUGACAUAUUUCAAUUUUGUUUUGCAGUUGUUUUGUUUUUCCUUCUUUAUUUCUGUUUCCUGGCCUUAUAUCUCACCUUCCAGGGUGCAAAACCAGAAAGACAGCUUACUUUGGCUUUGGAAGUGAAUAUCUGUAUCUGAUGAUUUCAAACACCUGUGAAAUACAGGGUGUUAUGUAACCAGCUUCUAUCUUGGUUCAGUGUUCAUUUAUUUGCAUUCAUUAGGUUUUUGCCCUAUGUGCACCCUCAGCCCAUUGAUGACUUGUUGGCUCAGCUCAGAGAUCCAAAAUUGCAGUUGUCGAAAUGUUAUUUUACAGCUGUAAUGAAUAGUGAGUGCAUUGUACUUGCAAAAAAUUUUAAGUUUCACAGAGUUUCAUAUUCAACUUUAAAUUGUGGAUGAGCUAGUCCUUAGGACAAUGGGAGAUAACUACUUACCACUGUACUGUAGCCUAUAAGAUGUAAACACACCUGAAAUAAUUUACUGCACACUGCCUUGGUAUGUAGAAGCCCAUGGCACCCACAAAUAUAUUCUUUGAGCAUGUGUGAUGCAUUCCCCUGUACUUGAGUAUCAAUUUGAUGAAAGACAUAAUUAUUCUGGCAGUCUUUACACUGGUGAUUGAUGCAGACUGCAUUAGUUUGUGAGAAAAAGGAAGCGAUAAAAUUUUGCAUUUUAAUUUCAUUUUUCAGGAGAUACUUUAGGAUUUAUUAGCAUAUUGAAGUCCUUUUUGUAAGCAGUCACAAUAACUAACUGCCUUAGUUUUGCACUGUAAAAAUUGUGUAACUGUUAUAUAUAAGAUUGAUUUUUGUAUGGGGCCAAUAUCCAUUUGUACUUAGUUGUAUAUACAGGUCAGUGUAUGUUUCCAUGAUUAUUGUAGAUGGGUUGUACAGCUGAAGGGUUGAAAAUGGAGACCUUUCAUCUUCUAGCUUUUUAAUUAUUUUAUUGUUUUCUGUGUACAAUAAUAAGUGCCUUAAAUUUUAAAUAUAUUUGCCAAUAAUUUAAAAUAUUGUAUCAUAGCAAAAUAUAUUUCUCAAUAAAAAUCUUUGUUGAUUGUU